GUCGAUGAUAUAAGAGCGACGGCGUCAUCGAGCGGCGGCUUAUCGUACUAAACUCAUCGCAGAAACGGGAGGUUUGGAGCAGCGGCGGCCAUUCAGGUCUUUGCAGCGCUAAGCUAAAACGAGCGGCUAAACUCAGCUAAGCCGAGCGGGACGCAGAGCAUGGACGCGGGAGCACGGACGGACGCCACCGGGAUCGUCGGCCCGUAGCGUCGGCGCCAGGCCUCGGGUGUGGGCGUCAGAGGGGGGGGGGGAUAAAGGAUGGGCUUCCUGGAGAACUACCAGGAGAUCGACCCGGUCACGCUGAACCUCUGCAUCCUGAUCGCCAGCUACGUCAUCCUGCUGCUGGUCUUCCUCAUCUCCUGUAUCAUGUACGACUGCCGCGGCAAGGACCCCACCAAGGAGUACGCCCCCGACCCCCAGCCCGCCCAGUCGCCCAUCCGCCUGGUGGUCAUGCAGAGCUCUCCGGCCCCCGUGGGGCGCUGGGACACGGCCAGCAUGAUCACCACCUACCACGAGCCCUCGCACGCCGACUUCAGGGAGAAGAAGAGCACCAUGGUCUGAGGGGGCGCGCU